AUAUUGGUAUUUCUAGCUUCUUUAUUUGGCCUCUCUCUGUACUUCCUGCUCUCGGUCGCUGAAAUUACACGAACAUAGGAGAAGAAAGAAAGAAGAUAAAAAUACUGCCUCUUUUUAUCUCUCUCUGCCGUCAACUCCGCCUACGUUCUCUCUACAUCUCUCUCUGUAGCUCAAGAUCUUCCUUGCUUUCGGUGCUUUGAAAAGCAAACCUAAAGCCUGCAGUUCAUCUCCCCCCUCUUCCUUUGCUCUUAUAUAUGCCCCCCUUUCUCUCCCUCUCAGUUCGUCUUUGCACCUGGAUCUCUAUUGUCUCCGUUCAACAUAGACCUCAAUGUUCCCGUUUAAUUACGGGCUAUCGUUUUCUUCGAGUUAGGGUUAAUUUUUUAUUUUCUAUUUUUGGUUUACCAGUCCCAGUAGCUUAUGCUUUGGUUCCGCUUUUCCCCUUGGUUGCUUCCUCCCGAAGAUCUUAUCCGAGUCUGCUUAUAAAUCAAGCUGAGAAUUUUCCAAGAAAAUAAAUAUUUCCCAGUAUUUUCUGGGGAAAGCAGUGAAUGAUUUAUAUAAAAAGCAAAAGCUCCCCAGCAUCAAACAGUGCCAUGAACCUUGAGUUUUAGUCCACUCUCCUAGGGCUUUGAAACACAGAGAGAGAGGAAAACAGAGGAGUAUUCCAUGGAAUCAAAUUUCCAGCUCUAUUAUCAGCACCAACAGCUCCCGAAUCCCCAUACCACGUCUGGGUUAUUGCGGUUUCGUUCUGCGCCGAGCUCGCUUCUGUCCAAUUUCACCGAGGGCUGUGUUGAACCCGGUGCCAACAGGGGCGAUUUCACAAAGAGCUCUGACUCAGAGAGAUUAAUAUCAGGAUUCAUGAACUACGGUGGCAAUGGAAAUUCAGCUUCGCUGAGUUUCCAACAGUUUGAGGAUAAGCCACCAGUGAUGGGCGCGACUGAGGCGGCUACGAACGGUGCGAGCUCCCAGCAGAGCUAUUCUAGUGGUCUCCCGCCCCAUUAUCCGAGAUAUACGACUGCCACGACUUCUUCUGCGAUGGAUGGCGCAUAUGGGUUGGUGGGUUCGAUAGCAGUGGAUCGCGACGUGCAAACGAAAGCAGAUAAUUCCAACCUUGUUCGGCAAAGCAGUUCGCCUGCUGGUCUGUUCUCCCUGACAUCUAUCCCAAAUGGCUAUACCUCCAGGAAAGGUGUUGGAAACUUUGAUGGGGUAAAUGAUGCUGGUGGAGAUGUAAGUCCAUCUGCUAACAGAUUGAAGAGCCAGAUCAGUUUCCCAUCAAGACUUCCAGCUUCUUCCCUAGGUAUGUUAUCACAGAUCUCUGAAAUAGGAACUGAAAGUGUUGGGGCAAAGAGUCCCCUUGAUGGAAAGCUCGGAAAUGGAAAUGAUGAUUCGCGGUUUUAUGACCUUGGGUUACCGUAUGGUUAUUGGAAUGAUCCAUCGCAUCUUGCAGAGAAGUUUACUGCCAUGAAAAGAGAACAAGAUGAUGAUGGAAAACUAUUUUCUGGUACUCAGACUGGAGGAAUCGGAACUCAGGCUCAAACAUUAUCCCACCACUUGAAUUUACCAAAGACUUCUUCUGAGAUUGUCGCCAUGGAAAAGUUCCUGUUCCAAGAUUCCGUUCCUUGUAAAAUUAGAGCCAAGCGUGGUUGUGCCACCCAUCCUCGAAGCAUUGCAGAACGGGUAAGAAGAACCCGGAUUAGUGAACGAAUGAGGAAACUACAAGAGCUUGUCCCUAACAUGGAGAAGCAAACGAACACGGCAGACAUGUUGGAUUUGGCUGUCGACUACAUUAAAGACCUCCAGGACCAGUUCAAGAUUCUUAGUGAGAAUCGAGCCAACUGCAAGUGUUUAAGCAUGCAGAAUCCAGUUUCAAAUCAAAUUGCUUGAGUACUUCAUGAUUCUGCUGUACAGAAAAUAAGAGAGUAAUGGAGAAUAAUUCUAUAGAAACCAGAUCUUUUUUCAUUUAUUUGCUGAUCAGUAAUAUAAAGAACUGGAACUAGCUAGCUUUAGAUAUUUCCCUUUCAGUUGCCGUGACAUAGGAAGCCGGUAGUGUUUUUUUUUUGUGUUUUAUUAAUAACAGGUUAAGGUCUGUAAAGCUAACAACACUUCCAAUUGAUCACACGACAUAUGAAA